ACUCAUUCAUUCACACAAAAAUCACCCACCGCGUUCGCCACCGUUCUCAUCGUGCUCCGGAGCAGGAAACCAAAUUUUGCGAUUCGGCCCCUCCGUUUUUACAUUAUUUGCGAUGGAGGGCCUCCCCCUCACGGAGAGCGAGAUCGCCGGGUUCGGCGUCGGGGCUCUGCUGCUCUGCGCCACCGUCGCCGCCCCGAAAGUCGACGCCUUCAUCGCCGCCUCGCAGAGGAGGUCUCUGGGUAUGUGUAAGAGAUGCGGCGAUCUUAGGAUGAUAGCAUGCUCCGAAUGCAGAGGAGUGGGCUCCAUCAAGAAAGGAGGACCUCUUGUGAGAAUUUUGGAUGAUUUUUACGAAUCUCUCGGAGAAGGAAGCUCCCCGACCCAGUUGAUAGCUUGCACGAAAUGUCGUUCUAAGGGCCGAACUGUAUGCCCCGAAUGCUCGAAGCUUCGAUGAGGCGCUUAAUAUUGCAAAAAGUCCUCAACUCAAGAUCAUCUCCAUUAUACUUGGAUCACCGACAGUGUCAGCUCCUUCUCUGGAGCAGCAGAAGGGCCAGGGUCCAGUAUUGCUGUUUGCGUCAGCUCUGUCGAAUACAUUACGAUAUAUUGCAUAAUUAGAGUAAAACUUAUGAUCAGUCAGUUAAUCACAGCAAAUUUGUUCUGACGAACUGUUAAGCGGAUCGAAUCUGGCUUGGAUGCAAUGUUUUGGUGAUCUAUUCUGUACUAGUUAUAAUAUUGUUUUGUUUGGCCGUCGCAACAAGUUAUGUGAUGAUAACUUACGCAAUGCAAAUAUUUUCCCUUUGUGAUCAAAA